UAUUUGGUGAUGACACAAUUUGGUAUUGUUUUUUAUUCACAUGAAGACCCAGAAGAAAUAGUUAAUGAAAUAAAGUGACUGGUUUAACUAUAAUAAAUUAUCCCUCAAUAAUAAACAGGCAUGUUUUCUUUUCUUGGAUCUGGCCCCGCCCACUCUCCUGUGUGCCCCCCUAAAGCACGCCGGGCAACCCCGUUGACAUGUCGCCAUGGCAACGACGCGCCGCUGGAACUUUGUGUUUAUUGGCCAUUAGCGAGUCAAAGAGUCAAAGAGUCACCGAGUAACAUGCGAACCCUCUGAUUGUGUUCGUGACCCGAGCUCAAACUGCGAGGGGAGAAGAUGUCGGACAUAUUGUGCCGGUGGCUCAACCAGGAGCUGCGACUGUCGAAAGCUGUCGAGCCACAGAGUUUUGCCAAGGAUUUUUCCACUGGUUACUUGAUUGGGGAGGUACUGCAUAAAUAUCAGUUGCAGAAUGAUUUCACUUUGUUCAUGAGGAAAGACACCUCCAUCUCCAAACUAAAUAAUUUUACCCGCCUUGAGCCUACUCUUCAGUUACUGGGGAUCUCCUUCGACAUAAACACAGUUCAGGAACUGAUUAAGGAGAAGCAAGGGGUUGCCACACGCCUCCUUUACCAACUCUACGUCUCACUUGAAAAGAAGAAGAGAGCAGAAAUCACCAGGACAAUGAUGGAAAGCAUGCAGCCAGCAGCCAAUGCAGGCCUGCACAAGAAGGAGCACGAAAUCUACUCUGAUCAACUGCACCGGGUGGUGAAACGUGAUGCAGAACUGAAGCUGCAGAACAUUUCUAGCCACUAUGAGGCCAAAUACGAGCAACUGACCUAUACAUCUAUCAUGACCCAUCCCAUCCAGCCAAAGAGACCACUCAAAGUCCAGGAAGACAAGAGAACAAAGAAUAUUGACAAGCUGCUGGUAGGUCGUCAGAAGCACAGUGACAUUGUGCCUUAUAACCAGGCCAAUGUUGUCCAGGUACCCAAGCCACCGCCUUACACUUCACAGCUCAACCUAAAGAGGAGACGACAGCAGCAGCAGCGCAAACAACAAGCAGAGUCAGUCCAGGCUGAAAUAGCCCAGUUUGAGACAAGCAGAAAGAAACUGGUCAGUUCUGGUUUUACAUCCUCUUCAAGUGGUCAGCCUGGAGUUAUUCCCAUUAGUGGCAGCAGCUAUGGCACUGAGGAACAUGGAAGUGGAAAUAAGCUGAUACUGAAGUCCAACAGCCAGUACAUACAGGAGAUCCGACAGAAGCUGGAGGAGAAUGCUGUCUCUCGCGAGCAGAGGGAGAAAAGACGAGACAGAUUCCUGGUGGAGCAGCUCAAGGCCCAUGAAGCUCAAGAGGAAGCACGGAGAGAGGAUCAGUUGGUGAAGCGUCUGACACGUCAGACUCAGCAGGAGCAGCGUUUGGCAUCUCAGCUCCUCAAGUUUCGUAUGCAGAAGGAGGUGAUCCGGCAGAACCGCCUGUUAAGAGAGCAGCAGUGCCAGCAGCGGCGAGAGCGGGACUUCCAGGAGGCUCUGGACAGGGAAGCGGAUUUGGCUCAGCAGGCUAAGUUGGACCACGCAGAAGAGAUCAAAAAGGAGCUUGAAUUCCUUGACAGGAUCGCUGCUGAGCGAGCUCAGAGCAGAUACAAGAAGCACUUUAGGGGCUGCAAGGACAUUUUGGAGCAGAUAGUGGACUUGGUCACCAAGGUCGGAGAAUAUCGACUGAUCACUGCGAAUCUGGUUCCAGAGAAGCUGAUAAGAGAGUGGAAGGAAUUGCUGUUCAGUGGUCUUCCUCUCUAUGUGUCAAACACGGGCCAGAUGCCCGGCUUUGAGUUCUCCCCCUCACUAGAUCCUGUAGAGCUUGAAAGGCAGGAGAUACUCAACAAUCAGGACUAUGAUGAGUACACUAACAUGAUCGGUGAGUGGGCCUGGCCAGAGGAGGCAGGGAAGGCCAAAUCACCCCCGGCCAACAACAGCAUUCUUGGACAUGUUAUUCUGCGUCUCUGGCACAUUGUUCAUCCACCCAUCAUGGAAGCCACCUCAACCCCAUUUCCUCACUUUACUCUCAAAGCCUGUGUCCUGGGAAAGUUCUGCUCUGGCAAGACCACCUGCCUGGCCAAGAUAGCUGAAGCCAAUGGCAUCUGUGUCUUAUCAGCUGACACACUGGUUGAGGAGGUGCUGAAAGCUUAUUAUGAAAAGCAGCUGUCUACACAGGCCAUGCAGGGAGAAGCGGCAGAAAAAGAGCUGAGAAAAGGAAACCCCAUUCCUAAUGAGCUGUUAGUAGAUAUUAUAAUGGAUGCUAUCAGGCAGGUUCCAGCUCAGACAGGUUGGAUCCUGGAUGGCUUUCCAGUGGACAUCACCCAGGCCCACCUGCUAGAGAAAGCCCUGGGUGGAGCUGUAGACGAAGGGAGUGGGGUGGUAAUCAGCAGGAAGGACCUCGUUGUUGAUCCUGAUCCACCCAAACCUUUGCCUCCCCCAAACCCUGUGUUAGACCUGGUUCUGCUGCUGGAUGUCCCUGAUGAGACUGUGACGACACGUGCAUUCAGUCACUCUGAUACAAGCUCCCCUCCCACAGACAAAAAUGUGUAUCUGGCACAGAUUCCACACAGGAUCACAGCUUUUCAGGACACCUGGCCAAAACUUGAGAAAUGGUUUGGUGGAAAGCAAAACAUUUUGGUUCGUGUUGAUGCCAAUGUAGAAGAGGAGGAGCUUAACGAGAAGGUGGAGUCCGUCCUGAAGCAGGUUAUGACGCAGAUUCAUGAAGAUCAACCUCCCCCCCACACUGAUGAAGUCUGCUGCCCCACAGAGUCCUCUUCCAACCUGCACAAGGAAAGAACCCGAAGUGUGUCCUCGCAUCACAGAUCCAGCACACACUCCAGAGGACACUCCAGGAUCUCAUCAACUUCCUCGGUGACACAUGAGGAAGGUCACGGAGUCUCCAAGAAUCACCAUGAAUCUGCUUCAGCCUGCCUGGCUUCAUCCAUCUAUGUGGAAAAACCUCUUCCUCCAGUAAUCUCACAGUACCUUUGCACCCACUGGGAAACAGUGUGUGAUUCUUAUGUCGGCAACAUAAAGACAGUGAUGCAACUGCUGCGCUCACAAAACACUGUUAUUAGCUAUCAUCUGUUCAACAUCAGAGAGGAGUUCAAGCAUUAUCUGAAUCGUCCAGACAUGAGGCAGGAGUUAGUGUCUCAGUGGCAGAAGGACUUCAACAGCAUAGCUGAUGAUAUGAGAGAAGAUGAGGAAACGAAAGCAGAGCUACACCUGAGACUCGAUGAACUGCGUGAACGUUUGUGGGACAUCAGUGACAAACGCAAAGAGCAGGACGAGCAGGAGAGGGCUUCUCUCAUGUAUAACGGCUGGCUGGAGGAACAUACCGCCAUACUCAUCAACCACCAUUCUACACUCAUGCAGGUGGAGUUGGACCGCUUCCAGGAGACCCUCUGUAUUCUUAGGCUCUACUAUGUGUACAUGCACAAACAUCUGGGGCUCGAGCCUCCAUCCCACUUUGUCUGUAUCCCCCUACUGGGCAUCCAAGAAGAAAAGGAUCAGGACGAGAGUUCCACCAGUUCUGAUCCAGCAGACACAAGUGUGCGUAGUCGCUCGCAUGAAGGAGAGGAAACGAGACUAACUAAACUUGUUCCCUUCCUCUCCAAACAUUCUGACUCCUCACAAGGGGCCUCCAAGACACAAGGCCUGGUCAAGCCAUCCGCUGAGAAACUCAUCGCUGACUACGAGGAGGCAUACAGAGCCAUCAGCAAAUUGGUGACAGGAGAAGACCAACAGGGGGAGACAAAAGAGCAGAAGGAGAAACCACCGGAAAAGGAGAACGUCAAUGCAAGUGCAAACAAAAAGGGAAAAGGAAAGCCACCAGUGAAAGUUAUCUCCUACUCUCACAUUCCACCAGAACCACCACCUCCUGAACCCAUUCAUGCACCUGCUGAAGAAAGAAAGUGUCAUGAUCACUCCGUGAGAGACAGAAUACAUAAAGAAUAUUCAACUGCGCUGGAGCACGAGGAGAAUGCAUCGAAGGUUCGCAUUUUGCUGGUGAAAGGUCGUGGUACGGUUGUGGUAGAAAGACUGCAAAGCACAGCAGAACAGGUCUUUAGCGACAUGGAGGAGUGGUUAGAAGCCCGCUAUCUUUCAGAAAUGAAGAGUAUUGACCAAUUAGCAGAAGUAGUUCGCCAUCACAUUGAGGCUGGUGCUAAGUUGAAGAAUGAGGUGGUGUUGGAAAUUACUGACUUCUAUCUGAAUGGAGACUGCUACAUGGUGGCCAGCCCGACUCCCCCUCCACAUCCACCUCCUCUGGAGAAAUCCACACUGUCCACACCGACCAUCCUGCAGCUGGAGUCACUCCACCAACAUCUAUGCAACAUUGCUCCCUCAGGCCUCAUGUCCAGUUCUGAGUUUUCCAGUUUGCUCCGGGAUAUCACCUCUGUUAACAUGGGCAGAGACGUCUUGCCUGAGGCCUGGAUCAGCAUGAAUGAUAGACAGCUAUUGGAGAUCGAGUCUAUGUUAAUGGACCAGUGUGACCUCAUAGACUGGCGUCGGUUUCUGCUCAGUGCUGCCCUCCCUUGGCCUUUUCCCUCCCUACCACAGCUGCUGGUUGUGCUAAAACGUUUCAAGGCAGCAGACACAGGCAACACAGGCUAUGUUAACAGGGAACAGUACCUGCAGACGGAGUUGUGGUUUUCCACUGAGAGUGUCCAACCUGUCCCUGAGGACCCAUCUGAGCCUCUACCUUAUAACCGUCUGGCCAACUUACGCAAGUUUUUUUUCCAGUUGUUUGCGGAUCACUCUACCUCUCCCCCUCGAUUGGACUAUGUGUCCAUGCUGCAGUACUUUGCAGCCGACCCUAGCCCCCGACAGGGCUUCAUCAGAGCACUGAGCGUGGUGCUGGGACACAAUGUGGGACAACGCACCUCACUGGGUCAUCUCGUCAAGUCCAUGCCCAGAAUAGAAGAGGCUACAGAGCUCAGCCCGUCAGAACCCGACGGAGAGGGGAAGGAUACCCUGUGUGCAUCGAGCAGUCCAUCGGCGGAGCAGGACGUGUCCAUUCCUGCUCUCCUUUCUGUCGUCUGCCACAAAAUCACCAAGAUGAAAGACGACAACGAGCUUCCUCCAGGCUGUCUGAGUGAGGAGGAGCACGCUCAGCACCUGGUCGAUCUUUUCAGCGAGCACGGCUACACACCUGAGAGCUGGGUCCCCUUCUCCAUUCUGUCUCAGCAUCCUCUCAUCCAGGUCCUGAUGGACUCCUCCAUACACCAUCAGCUCGUAAACAUUCAUGGAGUGCUACUGGCCAAUCAGAGUGAAGGAGAGGCUUUAAGCACUGGAUGAGAGAUACACAGUACUUACUGUAUGCUGCUGUCUGCUGCAUCAUGAUGAGAACUUUAACUAAUGCAGACAUCGUUUUCAUUUUUUAAUUAUCUCCUUACUUUUACAUUUGAAAUACUUGCUGUCAGCUGUAUUGCUCACUUCAGUAUUGAAUAAAUGCUUUUUCAACCAUUACUUGCCACAGAAUGUAGAAAUAUCUUCAGCUGAUUCUGGUUGGAGUCACAACGUAAUUGAAAAUGACAACAACAACAUCAAUGAUG